UUGGAGCACGUCAUGGCUUCGCCGGGUACACUGUCAGCCGGCUUCCUCACUUCCCUGCUCCCCUUCCUAUUCCUGCAGCAGUUUUGCGCCGCUGAGACUAAUUGCUCUCCUUCUCCACUCAUCCUGGGCUUCCGGCUGGAGAACAGCGACCGCCCCGCUGGCCUGUCACCGGCUGGGGAACUGGAGGUGACGGAGGGUAGCCGGCUACUGCUCCGUCUCUAUGGCCUCAACCUUCGCCCUAACUUAAGCGGCCUCGUGGCCUUCACCGCCAUCUCUCUGGACUUGCCCUAUGACAACAGCAGAUGCCUGGAGGACACCCGUGACCUGGUGUGGGACUCAACCGGGCUGAAUGUCAGCGAGGAAGCCGAGGGCAAGGCGGCGCUUCUCCGCAUGCAAGUGCUGCCCCUGCGGAAGAGUCAAAGCUCCGGGGUGUACGCGCUGUGCACCCGCCAGAGCACCAACAUGUCUUGGAGCUUACGGCACAGCCCGGACGGCCGGCUGCGGGUGCUGGAGGAGCAUAAGCCGCUGAUGCCCCUGUGGUUGCAGGCCUGCAUCAUCGCCGUGCUGCUCAUGCUGUCCGGGAUCUUCAGCGGCCUGAACCUGGGGCUGAUGGCGCUGGACCCCAUGGAGCUGCGGGUGGUGCAGCGCUGCGGCUCGGAUCGGGAGAGGCGCUACGCUGCCAAGAUCGAACCGGUGCGCCGACAGGGCAACUACCUGCUCUGCUCCUUACUGCUGGGCAACGUGCUGGUCAACACUACCCUGACAGCCCUGCUGGACGAGCUGAUCGGAUCGGGCUUGGGGGCGGUCAUGGCAUCCACCGUUGGCAUCGUGGUUCUGGGGGAGAUCGUGCCCCAAGCUCUGUGCUCCAGGCACGGGCUGGCCGUGGGGGCCAACACUUUGUGGCUGACCCGCAUCUUCAUGAUCGUGACCUUCCCCGUGGCUUACCCGAUCAGCAAGCUGCUGGACUGUGCCCUGGGCCAGGAGAUCGGGACGGUGUACAACCGGGAGAAGCUGCUGGAGAUGCUCAAGGUGACGGAGCCAUAUAGCGGUUUAGUUCGCGAGGAGAUGAACAUCAUCCAAGGAGCUCUAGAAUUACGCACAAAAACAGUGGAGGAUGUGAUGACUCGGGUAGAAGACUGUUUCAUGCUCCAAAGUGACGCCCUGUUGGACUUCAACACCAUGUCCAGUAUCAUGGAGAGCGGCUACACGCGGAUCCCUGUGUACGAGAACGAGAGAUCCAACAUUGUAGACAUUCUGUACGUCAAAGACCUGGCCUUCGUAGAUCCCGACGACUGCACUCCUCUGGGCACCAUCACUCGCUUCUACAGCCACCCUGUCCACUUUGUGUUCAGCGACACCAAGCUGGACGCUGUGCUGGAGGAGUUCAAGAAGGGUAAAUCCCAUUUGGCCAUCGUACAGAAGGUAAACAGCGAAGGAGAAGGGGAUCCGUUCUACGAAGUGAUUGGAUUGAUCACACUGGAAGACGUCAUAGAGGAAAUAAUAAAAUCCGAGAUCCUGGAUGAGUCUGACUUGUACACUGAUAAUCGCAGUAAGAAGCGCGUUGGGCGCCGUCAGGACAAAAAAGACUUUUCGGUUUUCAAAGACUCAGAGAACGAGUUGCGUGUGAAGAUUUCCCCCCAACUGCUUCUCGCUGCCCAUCGCUUCUUGUCAACAGAGGUGCCCCUAUUUGCACCUUCGUUGAUCUCAGAAAAAACCCUUCUGCGUCUCUUAAAGUAUCCGGAUGUCGUGCAGGAGCUGCAUUUCAACGACAGCGACAAGAAGGCGUCUGAGCACUACCUCUACCAGAGGAACAAGACGGCAGAUUACUUCAUCCUCGUCCUCCAGGGGAAGGUCGAGGUAGAAGCUGGGAAGGAGAACAUGAAGUUUGAAUCAGGAGCCUUCUCAUAUUAUGGUGUUAUGGCCAUGACUACUCCCACAGCUGCUGAGCUCCGUUCCCCGUCUCAUGUGGGCAGUCUGAACCGCUCCACCUCGCUGAGCCACGAGCGCUCAGACUCCAUCUCUUCCACCAUCAGCGGUAGUAACACUCAGCUCAGUCCUCAGGUGCAGUACAUGGCAGAUUUCAGCGUGCGCGCCAUCAGUGAUCUCCAGUUCGUGAAGAUCACCCGGGAACAGUAUCAAGGCGCCCUGAUGUCUUCUCGGAUGGACAGUAGCCCUCAGUCUCCCGAUGGAGGGACCCGCAAACCGGAUGGUACGUUAUCAGAUCGCAGCGAGGUUCUGGAUGAUGAGACGACGAGUCUUCUAAACCAGAGGAACUCUCAGCACAGUCUGCAGCACAAUGCUGUCUGACGGCGCCGGCAGUGACUGCAGAGCAUCGCUUUACCGCUGUUAUACCACGUGUGCAGUGCUCUGGAUCAGGACCUCGAGAAAUACUUUGCUAUAGAAUACCGGACAGAGUAUAACCCCAGGAGCCACACGCAGAGCGACAGGCGGCAGCAAUGCAGUGCUUUGCAUGUCUGUGAAAAGAGCACUCUGCAAGCUUCCGAUUUACUAAGCGUUUACUGAAACAUUCUACCGGUCCGAAGUAUGGAAGCAACUGUUGCGAAGUUCUGCAGAGCUGAAGUAUUACAAACUUGUCAAGGGAGAUCAUGAGACUGGCAAAAGGGAACUGGCAGAGAGAGGCUCUGCAUUACCUUUGGAACUGGUGUGAUGCUCUGCGAAGCUGUAACUCAGGGAGGGAUUAGUUGAUUCUACAUGUGCACUGGAAGACCCUAAUCUCUGAAAAGGGAAAAGUGGGUCAAUUCGUCUUCCUGGGGAUUCGGGGGGGGGUUGCUGUCUUCCUAGCGGGUAUAAUGUCCCUUGUCAAGUCUGCCUUUCUCCUGCUUAAAGGUAAGGCGGCCUGUGCCUCUCCAGCUGCUGAAAA